AUGGCCGUAAAAAGCGUGUUUUUGCUGGCUGCUUUCCUGACCGGCUGUGACAUCAUAACCAAGGUCGCUGCAGUGCAAAAAAACACAACGGUAUUAAUUCUUGGAGGCGGGAUUUCAGGAAUUGCUGCAGCAAAAACACUGAGCGAUCAUGGAAUUAAGGAUUUCAUAAUCUUGGAAGGAACGGACAGGAUCGGCGGACGAAUGAGAAAGAUGGAGUUUUUUAACAACACCAUUGAGCUGGGAGCAAACUGGAUUCAAGGAGUCAAGAACAACCCCAUUGAAGAUUUGGCGCUAAAAUGUGGAUUAAAAGGAAAGGCUGAGGUCAGAUCUUUUGUGAUACGAAAUGAAACUGGAUACAACACAACAAUGAAAGGGAAAAUGGCGCAACUGAAAUAUGAUGAAGAAGUCCUGGAUGAAAUACGACUCCAGCGUCGAAAGUUACACCAGGCGGAUAUUUCCAUGCGCGUAGCGUUGCGGCUUGCAAACUGGCUUCCGCUCACACCGGAAGAAGAUGCUACAGAAUAUUUUGAAUAUGACUUUGAAUACGCUGUCCCUCCCAAAUACAUCUCGUUAAGAACAUGGAUCGCGGAUAAUGGGAGUAUUCACUCGGUUGGUGGCGAGCAGUUCUUUGUAACCGAUCCCAGGGGGUAUGUUCACAUUGUGGACUGUCUUGCGGAUAUGUUUCUGGAACCAAAGGAUCCACGGCUGCAAUUGAACACAACCGUAACGGAAGUGAAAUGGAAUGAGAACGGUGUUUACGUCACUUCCGACAAUGGCGAUGUGUACUCUGCAGAUUACGCUCUGGUCACAUUUAGUAUUGGUGUACUGAAAAGUGGACUUGUUAAAUUUACACCUCAACUGCCCAACUGGAAAUUGGAGGCGAUUUUCAAGAUCAACAUGGUCGUCUAUACCAAAAUUUUCUUAAAAUUUCCAGAGAAAUUUUGGGACGAUAACGAGUACAUUCUUUACGCUUCCAAAAGAAGGGGUUAUUAUACCAUGAUGCAGAAUCUAGAAGCGGAUUCGCGUUUACCAAAAGGAACCAAUAUCCUUCUGGUUACUGUAACCGGAGACGAAUCGGCCAGACUGGAAUACCAAAGUGAUGAGCAAACACAGGAAGAAAUAAUGGAGGUACUGAAAAACAUGUAUGGUCCAAAUAUCCCUGAGCCACUUGGUAUCCACUACCCUAAAUGGGGGCGGGAUCGAUAUUUCUUCGGAUGCUGGUCAAACCUUCCGAUCGGAAUAUCGAGCGACGAUUACGUCAAUCUUCAGAAGCCAGUCGGGUCUGUAUUUUUCUCGGGAGAGGCCACGCACGAGUUGUACAAUGGUUACGUUCAUGGUGGGUACAUAACAGGCAUGCAGCAGGCAGAGAAGAUAGCUAUGUGUGUGCAGAAAGGUUCGUGCAACUAGAGGAAAUGUUGCAGAGAAACCAGAAUCUGCGAAACCCAUCACUUUAUGCCCAGAGAUGAAACGUUAAUCUGAUCAGAGCAUCUUGAUUGACUGCGAAUAUAGUAGACUGAUUCGAACAUUUAAUCAGUGCGAUCAUUUCUUCGCCCGCGAAAAUUGGUUUGAUCAGUUGUUCUAACCACAGCAGGAUUAGCUCAGUCGCAGAGCGCUUGACUGCCGCUCAGCAGACCAGCGCUUUAACAACUGAGCCGUAGGCGAAUCUCAUCUUGCUAUUCUUAAGGUGCUUCUCAUUGUUUUUUCGAUUAAGUUCUCUUUGAAUCUGUUACGUUGUUGCAAAACAUAUCGUUCCCUUGUUCAUUCUUCACAACAAAGUUGUUUCAAAAUAAGCCAAAUAUGAGCCUCUUACUGAGUACUUUAUUUCCAGGGAAAGAUUCGGGUUAUUUUUGCCAUCCCCAAGAAGUUAAAUCUUUUGUGACGAACCUUAUAAUGUUUGCGUUACAGAUCAAGAGUCGGUAACCAGCUGAGUGCGGACUAGGCCCUCUCAUUUAGUAGGGCACUGUCCCGGGUGCCUCUAGUCAGGGCUUUUUUUCUGCAGCUGAAAAAGUUGCGUUUAUAUCUAUAACUGCGUUAAUCUUCUUUACAUUUAACUCCUCGUCCGAAUUUCUGAUCUAAUAUAUGAAUUUCAUACCGGCAUUAAGGGACUGGUCAAAAAGUAUAGGGGGUGGUGGGCUGGAGCAUUUGAAAUGUAAUUGAUAAAAAACACAUGGCCCACCCCCUCCCUUCGGCACAAAAAUGACUGACCCAACCCUAAAGCAAGAUUGGAAAACCGGAGACGAAUCGGCCAGACUGGAAUACCAAAGUGAUGAGCAAACACAGGAAGAAAUAAUGGAGGUACUGAAAAACAUGUAUGGUCCAAAUAUCCCUGAGCCACUUGGUAUCCACUACCCUAAAUGGGGACGGGAUCGAUAUUUCUUCGGAUGCUGGUCAAACCUUCCGAUCGGAAUAUCGAGCGACGAUUACGUCAAUCUUCAGAAACCAGUCGGGUCUGUAUUUUUCUCGGGAGAGGCCACGCACGAGUUGUACAAUGGUUACGUUCAUGGUGGGUACAUAACAGGGGUGGAGCAAGCAGAGAAGAUAGCUAUGUGUGUACAGAAAGGUUCGUGCAACUAGAGAAAUGUUGCAAAGAAACCAAAAUCUGCGAAACCCAUCACUUCAUGCCCAGAGAUGAAACGUUAAUCUGAUCAGAGCAUCUUGAGUGACUGCGAAUAUAGUAGACUGAUUCGAACAUUUAAUCAGUGCGAUCAUUUCUUCGCCCGCGAGAAUUGGUUUGAUCAGUUGUUCUAACCAUAAGGAGGAUUAACUCAGUCGGGGAGCGCUUGACUGCCGCUCAGCAGACCUGCGCUUUAGCAACUGAGCUGUAGCCGAAUCUCAACCUUCUAUUCUUAAGCUGCUUCUCAUUGUUUUUUUCGAUUAAGUUCUCUUUGAAUCUGUUACUUUGUUGCAAAACAGCUCGUUCCAUUGUUGAUUCUUCACAGCAAAGUUGUUUCAAAAUAAGCCAAAUAUGAACCUCUUCCUACUUUAUUUCCAGGGCAAGAUUCGGGUUAUUUUUGCCAUUCCCAAGAAGUCAAAUCUUUUGUGACGAACCUUGGAAUGUUUGCGUUACAGAUCAAGAGUCGGUAACCAACUGAGUGCGGACCAGGCCCUCUCAUUUAGUAGGGCACUGUCCCGGGUGCCUCCAGACAGGGUUUUUUUUCCCGCAUCUGAAAAAGUUGCAUUUAUAUCUAUAACUGCGUUAAUCUUCUUUACAUUUAACUCCCCGUCCGAAUUUCUGAUCUAAUAUAUGAAUUUCAUACCGGCAUUAAGGGACUGGUCAAAAAGUAUAGGGGGUGGUGGGCCGGAGCAUUUGGAAAUGUGGCUGAUAAAAAAGACAUGGCCAACCCCCUCCCUUCGGCACAAAAGUGACUGAUCCAACCAUAAAGCAAGAUUGGAAAUUACAAGAUCCACCCCCUAGUAUUAAAACAUGGAUUUUGGGUUUCCUCUUAAUAAUCCAAUAAAACCUUGUUCUGUGCAUGACAAAAUUUCUUGAUACAUUGCUACAACCAAAAUCAAAAUCACAGAAAUCAUACCUUUCUUUGAAAAGACAAAGGUGAAAAGCCGAACAGUUCUUGUUUCGAUGGACGUUAUGAGUCUUGACACAAAUAUACCGCAAAACAAGGGUAUCAAAAUUAUCUGUAAAGCAUAUGAAAAUUUCUACAAAGACAACCUAUAUUCCUACACAUUACAUGCUGGAAAUGAAAAUUAAUUGAAUUUAACCUCAAAGAAAAGUUCUCCUACUUUAAUGGAAAGCACUACCUACAAACCCAUGAAACUGCAAUGGGCACAAAGACAGCAGUUUUCUUUGCCAACAUUUUUAUGGCAUAUAUUGAAACAACAACUCUAAGCAAAACCGUCUUUAACCCAACAGUUUGGAAAUGCUACAUAGACGACAUUUUUGCCUAUGGGACAUAAAUAAACCAGACAUCGAGGACUGCAUUGAACAAGCAAACUUACAUCACCCAACUAUUAAUAUAAAUUCACGGCCGAAACAUUUGAGACUUAGACUGUGUUUUUAGACACAGUUGUAUACAAAGGCAGAAGAUUCAAGGAAAAAUCUAUCCUUGAUGCAAAGACACAUUUUAAAGAGGCGGAAACCUUCCUGCACACACAAAAAAAGUAUUUGUCAGAGGAGAAGCCUUGAGAAUCCUACGAAAAAACUCAUCAGAAACAACCUUUGAGGAAAGUAACUCAAAUUUCAACUGAAACGCUUGGACAAAGGCUACCCGCAAACUUUGAUAGAAAACCUACUAUCAGAAAUAAAAUUCACAGAAAGGGAGUAUAAACUCCUAAAACAAAACAACAAGGAUGAAAAAGAAAUAUUGAAAUUCGUUACACAACACCAACCCUCAGUGUCUACCAUAAAGGAAGCCUGAAUAAAAAAGUGAAAUCUUAUACAAGACCAACCAUACCUUCGCUAAAUUUUUCAAGAACCACCUGUCUAUAUCAUUUCUUUCCAAAAAAGGAAAAUAAGUAAAGGACAUGCUCCUUAGAGCCCCCAAAAAAGGUUAACAAAGGUUUUCAGACCGAUAGAGAUUUGUGGCCUGUCACCCCUUGCAUUUUCUCACACAACAGGUUUAUGAGUAUUUUAGCAAUAAUUCCAGCUGGCUGUGUUUUAUGUAACAAGUGUGGUCAACUGUCUCGUUAGUAUCAGUAUAGUGUGCCUAUCUGUGUAAUAAAAUAGGGUGACCCACCCCCUAAGGGUAGCUGAAAAUUGCACGACCCACCCCUUGCACAAGACUCAAAACCUCAUGACGCACCCCCUCUCUGCUCCGGCUCACUACCUUACCCUCUCCCCCCUUAUACUUUUUAACCAGUCCCCAAAUAAUUGCCUUGUAGCUGCAAAUGUAUGCAGAUAAAUAGCCAAAAAUAGAUACCUUUAUUCUGUUAAACGCUGGCGUGGUAGCCUCCAACGCAGACUUUCUUUUGGCUGGUGGGGAAGGAACUAAUUAAACUACGAGCAGUCUCUCUUUUUUCUUAGUCCGUCAUGCGAAACUCGCGAG